AUGGCAGGUAAUAACCCACCACCAAAGCCAUGGGAACGUGUUGGCACUUCAUCUGGUCCAGCGCCUUUCAAACCCCCAUCUGGAGGCAGCACAAGUGACGUUGUUGAGGCCUCUGGGACAGCAAAACCUGGGGAAGUUGUUUCUGCUGCACAGAGCAAUGCUGCUUUCAACGUGAACAAUCCAGUUGCAGGGCCUGUGCCCCCGCGUCCCUGGCAGCAGCAAGGAUACGGAAAUACUUAUGGGGGUUAUGGUGCCAGUACCUAUAAUUCAUAUGGUGGAUUUGGUGGGGCUUAUAGUAACGGCGGGCUAUAUGGAAAUAAUAACAUGUAUUCAGGGUAUGGAGGUGGUUACGGCAGUUCGUACGGGGGCUCUGGAAUGUAUGGUGGGUCAAUGUAUAAUAACGGGAUGGGAAACCCAUACGGUGGUAUGGGCAUGGCUCCUUACAAUCAGGGUCCUAAUUCAUUUGGUCCUCCAGCACCACCCCCAGGUUUCUGGGUGUCCUUCCUACAAGUGAUGCAUGGGAUUGUGAAUUUCUCUGGACGAGUUGCUUUCCUUAUCAGCCAGAAUACUCAGGCAUUCCACAUGUUCAUCACAGCUCUUUUGCAGCUAUGUGAUAAGUCUGGAAUGCUUUAUGGUGAGCUUGCGAGAUUCACAUUUCGAUUGCUGGGGAUCAAAACCAAACCAAAUAAGGGCAGAAUUCAGGGUGCACAAGCUCCAUCAUCGGAUGGGCCAGGCCAGCAGUUCGUUGAGGCACCAAAAGCUAACAAGAACUCAUGGGAGAAUGUCUGGAACGGCGAUGCUAAGGGAAUGUGA